AAGCCCUCCAUCCCUCUUCCCUUUCUUUUCCUUCCCCACAUCCCUUUGGGGAGGAUCGGGCUGGGGGCUGCACAAAGGGGCUGAGAGUCUGAGACCCCCCCCGCUCCCUGGAGUCCCCCUUCCCUUUCUCCCCCCUCCAUCCCUAACCAAACCUCUGGACCACUUUAUGCCCAGGAUCCAGCCAGGAAAGGGGAAGGAUCGGGCCCCUGCCCCCCAUCUGACCUUCUGCCCCCCGGAUCGGGGCCUUCCUGGGAUCCACUUUGGGAGCCUUGCCUCCUCCAGGAAUUUUAAACAGGGGAGACCUCUGUCGGGAGAUAGAGCAGAUGCACGUCCCCAUCAUUCAAGAGAGCCUCUGGGUUUCAGCCAAGGAUUCUGAGUGCGAACCAUGCCUACCUGAUCAUCACCUACCUUGGGCACCCCAUGCUGGACAAAGCAUCUAUGGUGCCAUGGCCAUUCAGUGACCCUCUUCCCCCUUUCCCCUCUUGUCUAACUGCCCCAGAAACCCUGUAGCCACCAGCAUGGAGAAGACAUAUUCACUGACCGCUCAUUAUGAUGAGUUCCAGGAGGUAAAAUAUGUGAGCAAGUACGGCAGCAGUGGUACUUUGCCCAAUGGGUUUAACCUGCAGCUGGGCACCACUGGGACUAAGAAAAAACACUCUGGGUUGCCCCGCUGGAGCCGCCGAGAGAUCUGCCUUCUCUCUGGACUAGUUUUUGCAGCCGGCCUCUGUGUCAUCCUGGGCUGCAUCUUGGUACUGAAAUACCUGGCCCUGGAGCAGGACGCUUACUGCUUGGAGGGCUGCCAAGAACGGAAGGCCUUCACCAAAGCCUCCCGCUUCAUUGCCACCAACAUUGACCCCACCAUUGACCCCUGCAAGGACUUCUACUCCUUUGCUUGUGGUGGCUGGCUCCGGCGGCACGCCAUCCCUGAGGACAAGCUCAUUUAUGGCAUCAUUGCUGCUAUUGGGGAGCAGAACGAGGAGAAGCUCCAGCGCUUGCUCUUGCAACCUGUCCGGAGGCUCUACCUGGCCUCGGCUGAACGCAAGGUCAAGGAGUUCUUCCGUUCCUGUCUUGAUAUAGCUGAAAUUGACCGCCAGGGAGCCCAGCCCAUGCUGGAGGUCAUAGAGGACUGUGGUGGAUGGGAUAUCUCUGCCACCGGGAGGCACGGGCGUUGGGAUUUCAAUGAGCUGCUCUACAAGACUCAAGGGGUCUACAGCACGGCUGUCUUCUUCUCGCUCACUGUCAACCUGGAUGACAAGAACUCCUCCCGCUAUGUGAUCCGGAUUGAUCAAGACGGGCUGACCUUGUCUGAGAGAACCCUCUACCUGGGACAAGAUGAGGAAAGUGAAAAGAUCUUGGCUGCUUAUCGGGUUUUCAUGGCCCGCCUGUUGAGCUUGUUGGGAGCAGAGAACGUGGAGCAGAAAGCCAGUGAGAUACUGCACUUGGAACAGAGGUUGGCCAAUAUCACUGUCUCUGAGUAUGAUGACCUGCGCAGGGAUAUCAACUCCAUGUACAACAAAGUGACCCUGGGAGAGCUGCAGCGCAUCACGCCAAAUUUGAAGUGGAAGCGGCUACUUGACCGAAUAUUCCAUGAGAAUUUCUCGGAGGAUGAGGAAGUGGUGCUGUUGGCUACAGACUACAUGCAGCGGGUAUCUGAGCUCAUCCACACCACGCCGAUUCGGGUCCUUCAUAACUACAUGCUGUGGCGAAUCGCAGUAGUACUGAGCGAGCACCUCUCUACACCUUUCCGGGACGCCAUCCAUGAGCUCGCCCGAGAGAUGGAAGGGGCUGAGAAGCAGAUGGAACUGAGCAAGGUGUGCUUGAGCCAGGCCAACAAGCACUUUGGGAUGGCGUUGGGUGCCCUUUUUGUGGAGGAACACUUCUCUUCCACCAGCAAGGCCAAGGUGCAACAGCUGGUAGAAAACAUCAAGCACAUCCUGGACAGGCGACUGGAAGAACUUGACUGGAUGGAUGAAGAAACACGGAGGGCGGCUAGAGCCAAGCUCCAGCAUAUGAUGGUGAUGAUCGGCUACCCAGACUUCCUGCUCAACCCAGAAGCAAUUGACAAGGAAUAUGAGUUCCAAGUCCAUGAGAAAACCUACUUCAGGAACAUCCUCAACAGCAUCAGGUUCAGCAUCAAGCUGUCCGUGAAGAAAAUCCGACAGGAGGUGGACAAGUCAGCAUGGCUGUUGCCCCCCCAGGCCUUGAAUGCAUACUACCUUCCCAACAAGAACCAGAUGGGUAUCUUCCCAGCUGGGAUCCUUCAACCCACCUAUGACCCAGAGUUCCCACAGUCUCUGAAUUAUGGUGGUAUUGGCACAAUUAUUGGGCAUGAACUGACCCAUGGCUACGAUGACUGGGGAGGCCAGUAUGACCGGCAUGGUAACCUGAUGCAUUGGUGGACAGAUGCCUCCUACAGCAAGUUCCUGAAGAAGGCAGAGUGCAUUGUGAACCUAUAUGACAACUUCACAGUCUACAACCAGCGGGUGAACGGGAAGCAUACCCUUGGAGAGAACAUUGCCGAUAUGGGGGGACUUAAGCUUGCCUACUAUGCCUACCAGAAAUGGGUCAGGGAUCAUGGACCUGAAAAUCCAUUGCACUGGCUCAAGUACACCCAUGAGCAGCUUUUCUUCAUUGCUUUUGCCCAGAACUGGUGCAUUAAGCGACGUUCACAAUCCAUCUACCUGCAGGUGCUGACUGACAAACAUGCUCCUGAACACUACCGGGUCCUGGGCAGCGUCUCACAAUUCGAGGAGUUUGGAAGAGUCUUCCAUUGUCCUAAGAAUUCACCCAUGAAUCCAGCUCACAAAUGCUCCGUCUGGUGAAAUACCCACCUGCUCUCCCCCACCUACCUGCCAAAAAACCACACGUGUUGUAUUGUGCCCAUUGGACCUGCCAUUACUCUACUUCUCACCCAUUGGGCAGACUGAGAGCAAGGAAGGAAACCAUAUCCGUCUCUGCAAGCCAGGCCUUCCUUGGGGACGAUGGACACACUGGUAGAUGCUGCAGACCGGACUCAAGUAUUGUUCUCCAAGUCCAUUAUGAAAAUGGGCCUUGCCAUACACACAUACCAGAAUCCCUUCCUCAUAAAUAUCAUCUCAUGAAUCAAGAAACAAACGUUUCUGUCCUAAUUUUGAAAUUACUUUUUCAAAAACGUUUUCUGUCACUAAACCAUGGUUUCACGUUGGUGCUUUUGCAGUUUUUAUUGAGCAUAGCAUCCAGCAUGAAGCAGGACUCCUCAAAAGAUUGCUGGCUAUUUUGUAAGUUUGGGGUUGGCGCUAGCAAUAUGAUCCUCUCUGUGUUUUGAUUGUUUUUCAUGCUAUUGUUACCCCAAUGAACCGCCAGCUUUGCAAACAAUUUAUAAAUACAGCAAUUCAUCUUAAAGCUUUAAUUUUCUGCCCUUUCUCACUGCAAAACCAUUGAUUAUCUCCCCUUACAGACAGAGUAUGUGUGUGUAAACUGAAUGUAUUUAGGGUUUCAAUAUCCUACCAGCAGCAGAGGUUCUCACUGUUCUUGGGAUUAAUGUCCCUGUUGACUUUAGUGCUUUAUUCCUUCCAUCAAAUGUCUGAGAAGAUGGAGCAUGUCCAGAGGAAGGCGACCAAAAUGGUGAAGGGGUUGGAAACCAUGCCUUAUGAAG